GGCCGGGCCCGUGUUUACCCGGCGGCGGGCGGGCGCGGACGCGGAGCCUGGCGCGGCGGCGGCGGCGGCGGGAUGGUCAUGGCGCGUUUCGUCGAGGAUUUCUGGGGGGAAAAAAAUAGUGGCUUUGAUGUCCUGUACCAUAAUAUGAAACAUGGACAGAUAUCAACAAAAGAACUAGCAGAUUUUGUGAGAGAAAGAGCUACAAUAGAAGAGGCAUACUCCAGGUCAAUGACAAAACUAGCAAAAUCCGCAAGCAAUUAUUCACAACUUGGAACAUUUGCACCAGUGUGGGAUGUGUUCAAAACAUCUACAGAGAAAUUAGCAAAUUGUCACUUGGAUCUUGUUAGAAAAUUACAAGAAUUAAUAAAGGAAGUUCAGAAGUAUGGAGAAGAACAAGUAAAAUCUCAUAAAAAGACUAAAGAAGAAGUUGCAGGAACUCUGGAAGCUGUUCAAACCAUUCAAAGCAUAACUCAGGCCCUCCAGAAAUCCAAGGAAAAUUACAAUGCCAAGUGUGUAGAGCAGGAACGUUUGAAAAAGGAAGGAGCUACACAAAGAGAAAUAGAAAAGGCAGCUGUUAAAUCUAAGAAAGCUACAGAUACCUAUAAACUUUAUGUGGAGAAGUAUGCAUUAGCAAAAGCUGAUUUUGAACAGAAGAUGACAGAAACAGCUCAGAAGUUUCAAGAUAUUGAAGAAGCCCAUCUCAUUCACAUAAAGGAAAUUAUAGAAUCCUUGUCAAAUGCUAUAAAGGAAAUUCAUUUGCAAAUAGGCCAGGUCCAUGAAGAAUUUAUAAAUAACAUGGCUAAUACUACAGUUGAAAGCUUAAUACAGAAAUUUGCUGAGUCAAAAGGCACUGGGAAGGAAAGACCUGGCCUUAUUGAAUUUGAAGAAUGUGACCCUGCUAGUGCAGUUGAAGGUAUAAAACCAAGGAAAAGAAAGACUUUUGGCUUGCCAGGGAUAAUUAAAAAGGAAAAGGAUGCAGAGUCUGUGGAAUGUCCUGAUGCAGAUUCACUUAAGACAAUAAGUGGAGUUCCCCGUGGUUACAGUGGGAGAGUAUUACCAAAUGGUAACAUUCCUGAUGUAGAUGAAGAAGGUUAUAGUAUAAAACCAGAAGCAAAUCAGAAUGAUACCAAAGAGAACCAUUUCUACUCGUCUAGUGAUUCUGAUUCUGAAGAUGAAGAACCAAAGAAGUAUCGGAUAGAGAUCAAACCCAUGCACCCAAAUAACUCCCAUCACACAAUGGCUUCCUUGGAUGAAUUAAAAGUAUCUAUAGGAAAUAUCACACUCUCCCCAGCAAUAUCUAGACACAGCCCAGUGCAGAUGAAUCGGAAUUCAUCAAGUGAGGAGCUGACAAAAUCAAAGCCAUGUGCUGCAUCCAAUGAGAAAGGGACCAGCGACUUACUUGCUUGGGAUCCCCUGUUUGGACCAUCUCUUGAUUCAUCAUCUUCAGCUUCACUGAAUUCGUCAUCAUCAUCAGCCAGGCCCACAACUCCUCUUUCUGUAGGCACCAUUGUCCCACCUCCAAGGCCUGCUUCCAGACCAAAGCUUACUUCAGGCAAACUCAGUGGGAUUAAUGAAAUACCCAGGCCAUUCAGCCCACCUGUAACUUCCAAUACCAGCCCACCUCCUGCAGCUCCAUUAGCACGGGCAGAAAGUUCUUCUUCUAUCUCAUCUUCAGCUUCAUUGAGUGCUGCCAAUACUCCAACAGUAGAAGAUGAUAAUUUGAUUGGGACACUCUCUGAAAUUGAAAAGCAGUGUGAGACUUCACAAGGUGUGUCACGAGGUCCCAGCCCUGUCAGCCUUGGAAACCAGGACACCUUACCUGUGGCAGUUGCCCUUACAGAAUCUGUUAAUGCCUAUUUUAAAGGAGCAGAUCCCACCAAGUGUAUUGUGAAGAUCACUGGUGACAUGACAAUAUCAUUCCCGAGUGGAGUUAUUAAAGUCUUCACUAGCAAUCCAUCUCCAGCUGUGCUGUGCUUCAGGGUGAAAAAUAUCAGCAGACUAGAGCAAAUUCUUCCAAAUGCACAACUUGUGUUCAGUGAUCCAUCACAGUGUGAUUCUAACACAAAAGAUUUUUGGAUGAACAUGCAAGCUGUUACUGUCUACCUCAAGAAGCUAUCAGAGCAAAAUCCAGCUGCUUCUUACUAUAAUGUAGAUGUAUUAAAGUAUCAGGUAUCAUCAAAUGGCAUUCAGUCCACUCCUCUAAACCUUGCAACAUACUGGAAAUGUAGUGCUGGCACCACAGAUCUUAGAGUGGAUUACAAGUAUAACCCAGAAGCUAUGGUGGCACCCAGUGUGCUUUCCAACAUACAGGUGGUGGUACCAGUGGAUGGAGGAGUCACCAACAUGCAGUCCCUUCCCCCUGCUAUAUGGAAUGCAGAACAAAUGAAAGCCUUUUGGAAACUGUCUGGUAUUUCAGAAAAAUCAGAAAAUGGAGGUUCUGGGUCCCUCAGAGCAAAAUUUGAUCUUUCGGAAGGACCUAGUAAACCCACAACACUUGCCGUGCAAUUCCUCAGCGAGGGGAAUACCCUCUCAGGAGUAGAUAUUGAACUUGUAGGCACUGGCUAUAGGCUUUCCUUAGUGAAGAAGCGGUUUGCCACUGGACGAUACCUGGCAGAUUAUUGAUGGACCUGGGAAACUGGUUGGCUUGAGAGAGAAGUACAGGCCUGCCCUCCUGUGUUGUCUAUUCUUUCCAACACUAUUUUAGCUUGUAUUAUGUCUUUGAACUUACACAUAUUUGAGAAUGUUAAUUACAAACAUUAAAUUGCACUUUUGAAGUGAGUCAUCAAAAGCAAUAGCACUGAAAUGAUUUUUCAACACUGUUAAUGAUCAACUGCCAUGUUCUGGAAGCACAUUUGCUGAAAUUCUCAGUAUAAUGAAGUUUUCUUAGGCUGAAAUUUUACAUUACUUUCAGUGUCUAUGUUGAGUUAUAGUGUAUUAUCAGGCCUAAAAUUUCAGGAGAGCAAGCACAAAAUAAUUCAGCUUUCCAUAAAUUUUUAGAGUCAGAGAUAGCCUUGAAAUUUCCUAAGUUUAAUAUUGAACAGAGACACACACAACAUGAAUUCUAAGUUUUGGAUAAUGUUAAUUUAGAAUACUCAAUCAAAUUGAGUUAUGUGCCAUAAAAUAAUCAGACCAGAGUCCCAAGGUGUGCACAAAACAAUGUAUAAUUUGAUUCUCAUAUAAACAUUAUUAAAGUGUAAAUGGUGUUUUGUAUGAUUUUUCUAAUUCUCAAGUGCAAUGUGUUUUAAAAUAAGCUUGCAAAAGACAGCAGAGAAAUUUACUUCUGCAGUUAGUUAACUUUAUAGAAUUUGUGAUUGUUUUUAAGAAUUAAUGCUGUAGAUUUAAUUUAUUUUUAUAUGGAUUACAGAAUGUGUGCCUUUUAAAACAAUAACAAAAGCCAGAAAUGUGCCUGUCCAGUCUGUGUUCAUUAAUGUGCCUCACUGUUGUCCCCUCACAGUCUGGAUCUUCUCUUCAUCCUAGGGUGGUCAAGCAUUUUUACAAGAUAAUAGCCAUUUCUGUAAAUACCUUUGGCCUCAGUUGGGAAGGGAAUUCAGAGUAACUCAAGGAUAAUUUGUACUUCAAAACCCUGGCUCACUUCUUUAGUGAUACACUGUAGCCACUAGAAAAAGAAAUACACCUAAUGGCCUAUGUUUACAGAGGGAAAACAGUUGACCUUCACUUGUUCCACCUAAGUAUGUAAAUCGUAAAACAAACAUUGAAAACCUCCUCGUCAAUUGGUAACUGCUAGUUUAUUUCUCCACUUGGCCCUUCCCUUCUUUCUGUUCAUCUUUGGAAAUUUAUAUACACUGAAUGAAUGUGUCGGAAGCAUGAGUUUUGUGUUUUGUGAGGAACACAUUUAAGCAAUAUUAUUGGCAUUGGAGACGUACUGCCAGUUGUUUUCAUUUCAACGAUUGGAAAAAUUACCAAUUAUUUAAUUGCCACCUGCUAGAAAUGGGGAGAUUAUCUGAAGUGAUGGAUUGGGCUAAGCAUUUCUUGAACUACUAAUAUUAAAUAGUAAAAAAAACCUAACUUUAUAGCAAAUCCUAAUUGAAGGACUUAAAAUAUUUUGGACAGUUUCAUAAUUAAAAAUGGGAAUUUUAUUUAUAAGGAUAAAUGACAGUGUCCUGCAUUUUAUGUAGAAGUGAUAAAUUGUGUUAUAUAUGAUAAUUUAUAUAAAACCACUAAUUAUUCUGUUAAGCUUUACAGAACAUAAAACCCCUAUUACUAGACAUUUAUGUAACAUCUUGCUCUACUAAAUGCAGCAGAAAAUCUACUUAUUAGCAAUACAUAUAACACAGUACGUGCUUUUUAAAUAUAUUCAGUGUUAGCCCAAUUCUAAAUUUAGAUUUGACUAAAGCAACACAUUAAAACAAUACACUGAAAUAUUCAUCUUUACUAAAUAGUGAGCGAAAUGAGAAUUUCUAACUCUUGUGCUCUUUUAAAUGCCAAUUACAGUCCCUUACUGGAAUCUUAAAUGUAACUGCUUUGCGAUUGGUGUGCUUUUAAAUGGGCAGUUAAUACUUUAUUCUUGGACUUCAGACACCAUUACACUCACCAUGUUUAUUUUUAAUCAAGUAUUACCUGAAAAUGUACAAAUUAGUGAAAUGGUUAAACUUCUGCACUUUCUUCAUUACCACAGUCUUCAUACCAAGUGUUGAUACCUACAUUUGUAUUAGGUGCAGGUUACAAUUUUGAAGCCAUAUGAGUUUAUAUUGAUUUUGUUUUUCAUUUAAAAAUCCACUAAUGGUGUAAAAAAGACCAGUAGAUUUUUCAAUGGGAGAUGUAUUUAGCAAGCUGGUUCUUGCUUAUGUAUAGUGAUAAACUCUGUAGCUGCCUCUUUAACCCAGAUUUGUAAACACAGAACUCUAACAAAUGUGAGUUUUUAAGAAAUGUUAUUUACUACUUUGAGUUGUAAUUAGAACAAUGCAAAUCUAUCUUACACAAUUUUGUAAAUAUUUUUGAUUUUUUCAUAAAAUGUAAAUUUUACAUAAAAGUUUUCCCUUAAUAAACAUGUAAUAUAUAAUUUA